AUGUGGAACACUCCAGAAGGAUGGUGGAACACUCCAGAAGGAUGGUGGAACACUCCAGAAGGAUGGUGGGACACUCCAGAAGGAUGGUGGAACAUCCAUAAGGAUGGUGGAACACUCCAGAAGGAUGGUGGAACACUCCAGAAGGAUGGUGGAACACUCCAGAAGGAUGGUGGAACACACCAGAUCGAUGGUGGAACACUCCAGAAGGAUGGUGGAACACACCAGAAGGAUGGUGGAACACUCCAGAAGGAUGGUGGAACAUUCCAGAAGGAUGGUGGAACACUCCAGAAGGAUGGUGGAACACUCCAUAAGGAUGGUGGAACACUCCAGAAGGAUGGUGGAACACUCCAGAAGGAUGGUGGAACACACCAGAUGGAUGGUGGAACACUCCAUAAGGAUGGUGGAACACUCCAGAAGGAUGGUGGAACACUUCAGAAGGAUGGUGGAACACACCAGAUGGAUGGUGGAACACUCCAGAAGGAUGGUGAAACACACCAGAAGGAUGGUGGAACACUCCAGAAGGAUGAUGGAACACUCCAGAAGGAUGGUGGAACACUCCAGAAGGAUGGUGGAACACUCCAGAAGGAUGGUGGAACACACCAGAUGGAUGGUGGAACACUCCAUAAGGAUGGUGGAACACUCCAGAAGGAUGGUGGAACACUCCAGAAGGAUGGUGGAACACACCAGAUGGAUGGUGGAACACUCCAGAAGGAUGGUGAAACACACCAGAAGGAUGGUGGAACACUCCAGAAGGAUGGUGGAACAUUCCAGAAGGAUGGUGGAACACUCCAGAAGGAUGGUGGAACACACCAGAAGGAUUGUGGAACACUCCAGAAGAAUGGUGGAACACUCCAGAAGGAUGGUGGAACACUCCAUAAGGAUGGUGGAACACUCCAGAAGGAUGGUGGAACACUCCAGAAGGAUGGUGGAACACACCAGAUGGAUGGUGGAACACUCCAUAAGGAUGGUGGAACACUCCAGAAGGAUGGUGGAACACUCCAGAAGGAUGGUGGAACACUCCAGAAGGAUGGUGGAACACUCUAUAAGGAUGGUGGAACACUCCAGAAGGAUGGUGGAACACUCCAGAAGGAUGGUGGAACACACCAGAUGGAUGGUGGAACACUCCAUAAGGAUGGUGGAACACUCCAGAAGGAUGGUGGAACACUCCAGAAGGAUGGUGGAACACACCAGAUGGAUGGUGGAACACUCCAGAAGGAUGGUGGAACACUCCAGAAGGAUGGUGGAACACACCAGAUGGAUGGUGGAACACUCCAGAAAGAUGGUGGAACACUCCAGAAGGAUGGUGGAACACACCAGAUGGAUGGUGGAACACUCCAGAAGGAUGGUGGAACACUCCAGAAGAAUGGUGGAACACUCCAGAAGGAUGGUGGAACACUCCAGAAGGAUGGUGGAACACUCCAGAAGGAUGGUGGAACACUCCAGAAGGAUGGUGGAACACUCCAUAAGGAUGGUGGAACAUUCCAGAAGGAUGGUGGAACACUCCAGAAGGAUGGUGGAACACUCCAGAUGGAUGGUGGAACACACCAGAAGGAUGGUGGAACACACCAGAGCGCCUGGAAGGCCACAGAAGGCAAAACACCUGCUCUGGAUAACGAAACACCUGCCCUGGAUAACAAAACACCUGCCCUGGAUAACAAAACACCUGCUCUGGAUAACAGAACACCUGCUCUGGAUAACAAAACAACUGCCCUGGAUAACAAAACACCUGCCCUGGAUAACAAAACACCUGCCCUGGAUAACAAAACACCUGCUCUGGAUAACGAAACACCUGCCCUGGAUAACGAAACACCUGCCCUGGAUAACAAAACACCUGCCCUGGAUAACGAAACACCUGCCCUGGAUAACGAAACACCUGCCCUGGAUAACGAAACACCUGCCCUGGAUAACAAAACACCUGCCCUGGAUAACGAAACACCUGCCCUGGAUAACGAAACACCUGCUCUGGAUAACGAAACACCUGCCCUGGAUAACAAAACACCUGCCCUGGAUAACGAAACACCUGCCCUGGAUAACGAAACACCUGCUCUGGAUAACAAAACACCUGCUCUGGAUAACAAAACACCUGCCCUGGAUAACGAAACACCUGCUCUGGAUAACAAAACACCUGCUCUGGAUAACAAAACACCUGCCCUGGAUAACGAAACACCUGCCCUGGAUACCGAAACACCUGCUCUGGAUAACAAAACACCUGCUCUGGAUAACAAAACACCUGCCCUGGAUAACGAAACACCUGCCCUGGAUACCGAAACACCUGCUCUGGAUAACAAAACACCUGCUCUGGAUAACAAAACACCUGCCCUGGAUAACGAAACACCUGCUCUGGAUAACAAAACACCUGCUCUGGAUAACAAAACACCUGCUCUGGAUAACGAAACACCUGCUCUGGAUAACAAAACACCUGCCAUAUCUCAAAAGACUACCACUGAUGUCUUUAAUAGUUUGCAUGAUAUAAUCUACACAGACCUUGACAAAAAUAAGUUCUCAAUUGGCCUCAUCACUAACCUGAGAAGGGCCUUUGAUGCCGUAAAUCAUAAUGACUUCCAACUUAAACUUGAUCUCUAUGGAAUUCGAAGCCUUACUCUGAACUAUAUCUAA